AUGACAGGUAUAAGUAUUGAUCGAUUGAAAACAUUAUUACUACCACAUGGUCUCAUAUACAUAUUUUUGGGCUUAGCAAUUAUUUGUCUUACUGUUUUAACCAUUAUCUAUGCUAAUUUAUGGCGUAAUAAUAAAAAUUCUUCAAAUAUUUCUACAUUUGGAAAUGGAAUUAUUGGUUAUCCUAUUAUUUUACCUAAUGAUGGUCAAUAUGUUCAAUGGACUUUUUUACAAAUGAAUGAUGUUUAUGAGUUAUUACCACUUGAUGGAGGACAAAAAGGUGGUUUAGCUCGUGUUGCUUAUAUACGAAAAUUAUUAAAACAAGAAAAUCCAAAUACUUACACAGUUCUUGGUGGUGAUCUUCUAUCUCCAUCAGCUUUAGGUUUAUCAAAAGUUAAUGGAACAGGUUUAAGUGGAAAACAAAUGAUUGCAACAAUGAAUAUUCUUGGACUUGAUUUUGCAACAUUUGGAAAUCAUGAAUUUGAUUUAUCUGAAAACGAUUUACUUACUCGAAUGAAUGAAUCAACAUUUACUUGGAUUAGUACUAAUGUAUUUCAUCUUAAUAAUAAUCAAACAUUUGGAUCAAGUAUUUCUUAUAAAAUAAUGACUAUUAAUUCUGUUCGAAUUCUUUUCAUUGGUUUAACUACAGAUGGAACUAGCAACUAUGUUCGAAUUGUCAAUCAAUCAUCAUUAGUCAAUUAUGUUCAAGAAUUUUUAAAAUCAUUUUCAAAUGGAACAUAUGAUGUACUUGUUGCUAUUACUCAUUUAGAUAUUGCAACAGAUAUUCAACUUGCUUUGAGUGUUCCACAAAUUAAUCUUAUUAUUGGAGGACAUGAACAUGAUAAUUAUCAUUAUUUAAGAGGAACAAAAUAUAUACCAAUUUAUAAAGCAGAUGCUAAUGCUUUUACUGUUUAUAUACAUCGUUGUGCUUAUAAUUUGGAUACAAAACGUUUUCGUAUUUAUAGUAUGUUAAUACCAGUGACAUCAGAAGUGCCAGAUGAAGAAAAUACAGCAGCAGUUGCAAAGUAUUGGUUUAAUUUAGGUAUGGACGGAUUUCGAGCAUUAGGCUACGAACCAAAUGAGAUCGUGUCAUGUCUACCAACUGGUAUCGAACUAGAUGGUACAGCUGCAGCAGUCAGAAGUUUUAUAACACUUUUAACUGCAGCAAUGUGCGAAAGUAUGCUACAAUUAACAGAAAAAAAUGCAACAACUAUUGGAGUUAUUAAUGGAGGUUCAGCACGAAUUGAUGAUAUUCUUCGUGACAAAAUUACACAAUAUGAUAUAAUACGUGCAGUACCUUUUGCUAGUAUGGUGGUUGCUCUUUCCGUUCCUGGUCAAAUACUUGCUCAAGUUCUUACUACUGGUUUAUAUCUUAAAGGAGAUGGAAUGUUUCUUGCUUAUACUAGAGUAGAAACAUUGGAUGGUGGUAAAACAUGGUUAUAUAAUGGAACAGAUAUAUCAAAAAGUGGUCUUUAUUAUAAUGUGGCAACAAUCGAUUAUGCACGUGAUUAUACACAAUUAAACAGUAAAAAUGUUACUACAUAUUAUGCGACUAAUGUAACACUGACAAAAUGUUUAUUAGAUUAUUUACAAAAACAAUAUCCUCCUUGUUAG